GCAAUUGGCAACGAAUUCUUAACGUGCAUUUGAGUUAGUACUAGUGGUGAGUGGUCUCUCUGUUUUUCUUUGUUUUUGGUUUGGUUGUGUUGUCCGUGGCGAACGAAGACGAGAGAGAGAGAGUAUAUAAAGAACGUUCCCAUGCACCCACCACACUGAGUCUUCCCAUUUCCCUUCCCUUCAAUUUCCAAUGGCGGGUGCGCAUUCCCUAAGACACCACAACCAACAGCAACCCAGCUCGCGCCUCCUCCUCCUCCUCACCGUCCUCCCCCUCACCCUGGCCGCCCUCGCCUUCCUCCUCCAAUGGCGCGGCGGCGUCACCGACCCCCUCACCCGCUGGUCACCCGAUCACGACCAGUUCCCCGGCAUGUCCGGCUCCCCUCCCUCCCUCCGCCACCGCUCCCACGGCGAUUGCAGCCACCCCUUGGCCCAAUCCCACAACCCCUCCUUCCCUUACUUCCGCGACUGGGCCUUCGAUUACUCCUCCCACCUCUCCCCCAAGAUAUGCAUCACCACCAGCACUUCCGCUGGAUUGGAACAGACGCUGCCCUGGAUCUUCUACCACAAGGUCAUCGGAGUCUCCAAUUUCCUCCUCUUCGUCGAAGGGAAGGCCGCAUCGCCCAAUGUCACUAGGGUUUUAGAGACCAUUCCCGGAGUGAAGGUUAUAUUUAGAACGAAGGAGCUCGAGGAGCAGCAAGCCAAGAGCCGAAUAUGGAAUGAGACUUGGCUGGCAACCUUCUUCUACAAACCAUGUAACUACGAGUUGUUUGUGAAGCAAUCUUUGAACAUGGAAAUGGCUAUUGUCAUGGCAAGGGAAUCUGGAAUGGAUUGGAUCAUCCAUCUGGACACCGAUGAGCUGAUGCACGCGGCAGGAACACAAGAGUACUCUUUAAGACAGUUGUUAGCUGAUGUGCCUGGAAAUGUUGAUAUGGUUAUUUUUCCAAAUUAUGAAAGCAGUGUGGAGCGAGAUGAUAUCAAGGAGCCAUUCAGUGAGGUUUCAAUGUUCAAGAAGAACUAUGACCAUCUUCCAAAGGAUGUAUAUUUUGGAAAUUACAAAGAAGCAACACGUGGCAAUCCAAACUAUUUUCUUACUUAUGGAAAUGGGAAAUCAGCUGCCAGGAUUCAGGAUCAUCUCCGUCCAAAUGGUGCCCAUAGAUGGCACAACUAUAUGAAGACACCUAAUGAGAUAAAAUUGGAAGAAGCUGCUGUUCUGCACUACACCUACACCAAAUUUUCUGAUUUAACUUCAAGACGUGAUCGGUGUGGCUGCAAGCCUACAAAAGAAGAUGUUAAAAGAUGCUUCAUGUUGGACUUUGACAGAUCUGCAUUCAUAAUUGCUUCAACUGCAACCGAGGAAGAAAUGCUUCAAUGGUACCGUGAACGCAUAGUGUGGACUGACAAAGCACUCAAAAUGAAACUUAUGAGGAAAGGCAUCUUGACUCGUAUUUAUGCUCCCAUGAUUAUUAUUCAAAGUUUGAGGGAAUCUGGUGCUUUUAGCUCUUUGAUUGCAAAAGCUGCUCAAACAAAGUUAUCAAAAGACAAUUUUCUAAGAUCUGUUGAGAGUAGCAAUUCAACUAGGAAUUCCAGAUCUGAAAUGGUAUCUUCUAGAAAAAUUGAUGCUGGUGGAUUAUCCCAAGCAACUGCAAGAAGAAUUUUGGAAGUAAUAGAUGACUCACUCCCAUUGGCAGUGCCACCGUUAUCCCCUCCCACCCAUGAUCAUGCUGACCUUAUAAUAUCUUAGUUUUUUUGACUGACUUCUUGCCAUUGCCAGAAUUUAUUUUGAAGAUAAUCUGAUACUUGGAUUGUGGGGAAAAAUUAAACAAGACAAGAUAGAAGCUCUUCUGGCUGUCAUGAUGGGCCUCUUCCAGUUUUUGGAUUCAUGGGGUUUUUCCCGAUCAUUACCCAAGCGCUUAUGUAAAUUUCAGGUAUAGAUUGUAGGCUUAGUGUAGAAAUCAUACAGCAGAUUUUGCUAGCAUUUUCAUUAUUCUUUUUUCUUUUUUUUACCUUUCAUAUGUUUUUAUUUCUUUCACCCCCUCCCCUCCUAUUUUUAGAGACAUUUGGGGCAGAUUGGCUCCCUUUGUAUUGGAAAAUAGCGGUCGAUUGUAUUUUUUACAUAUUGAGAGAGACAAUGUUAUACAGGUUAAGAUUUUUCCCCCGGUUGGAAGUUGAAAUGGUUAAUGCAAUGAAAAUGUUGUUCAAGCAUUAUAAUUGAA